CCUCAAUAACGACGCUGCCAACUCCUCCAUUAGCGACACUGAAGCACAGCGUUGGACCUGCUGCUGCUGCUGCCGCACCUGUGGAUUAUGUUUUUGUAAACAUAUUUUUUAAUAUUUUAUUUGGGCAUACAACGGCUACAUCGGUGGAAAUGUUCAGUAACGGCAACUUCAGGGACUUUGACGACGACCCCUUCUUCUCCGAUCCAUUCCAAGCACACAGGGAUCACAUGCGCCAGAUGAUGAGGAGCUUCUCAGAGCCGUUUGGCAGCGGUGCCUUCAUGCCCAGCAUCACAGACGGGAGAAGCCGUGACGCGACGGAGCAGCCUGCUUCACCGCCAUCGCUGAGGGGACACAGGGACAUGAUGAUGAACCCUUUCAGCAUGGUUGACAAUAUGAUGGUCAACAUGAGGACCAGGAUGGAUGGGAUACACAAAAACCUUGAGAUGUCCGCAGACACCAACGCCCACACGUUCAGCUCGUCAUCAGUCAUGACAUAUUCUAAGGUUGGGAACGAGGCUCCGAAGGUCUUUCAGGCGUCAUCGUCAACACGUCAUGCCCCAGGAGGUGUCAAAGAAACCUUGCGAGCACUGAAAGAUUCUGAAAGCGGUAUGCAGAAGAUGUCCAUCGGUCACCACAUUCAAGACAGAGGUCACGUUGUUGAGAAGAAAAUGAACAAGAAAACUGGAGAGAAAGAGUUCAUCCAGGAUUUCCAGAAUAUGGACGAAUCCGAAGCAGCGUCUUUUGACGAGGAGUGGCAGCAGGAGCUGUCCAAGUUUAAGCCCACUUCCGCCAUGUCUCAGCUAGAGCCACGCUGCCACCAAGGAGGUCAGCGAGCAGCCCUCAGCGGUCCCGAGCGGGCCCACAGAGAACAGCCCAAGGCCAAAAGUAACAUGAAAGCUUCAAGCCCAACAAAGCAGUAAAAUGAUCAACGUUCUCAAGUUGCUCUUGUUAUGCAUACACAUACACACACGCACACAAACAACGGUCCCUUGACAGAAUCAGAAAGCACCUUUUGGCUUUGUUGCAUGGGUCACUGCUGACCAGCUUCUAUCAGCUCUGUCUACAGUCUGUAGUGCCUCACUUUAGUCCAAAUUGCACACAUGGUUCAGGGGAACGGCAUUGAAAAGGUGAGAAUAUGUCAGGUGUUUAAUGACUGAUAGGAUUCUGCACAAGUGGACCAGUCAUGAGCUGUGGUGAAAGCAAGACAAAAGUGCAAAAUGUCAACAAUGGCAGAAUCUGAAGAUGUCAGCAUAGAUGCUACAGUUUUUAAGAUAGCUGCAUGAUUAGGUAAUGUAGUAGUAGUCUACUAUUGAUCUGAUUGGUCAAACAAGGAUGCACUACGCAUGAUAAUAGCGAUUAGAAGAAACUACAUGGAGCCAUCGCAUAACACAUUAACACCUUGAGGUAACUGAUUCUCUGUUCAGGGAUCAUUAAUGCACUUAAAACCACAUCAACAAUUAUCUGUGUUUAUGUUGUCAAGCAGCUGAAAUGUCUCGUAUCUGCUGUAACCUUUGUAAAAAGAACUCAUUCUUUCCCUUUUUUAUCGUUCAUCUGAGGUUGGUGUUUGCAAAGCACCACCUGCAUUGGCAGCCAUUGUCCUUGCUGUAUAUUUUUAAUAUACACUUUGCAUCUAAAAAUAAACAUUUAUAAUCUACUGUA